UUCAUGGCUGUCAGCACUUUCAACAUGGCACCUUACUUCGCUGGAUAUCCGUUCCAAGGUCAAGGAAGGGUGAAUCAGCUGGGUGGAGUUUUCAUAAAUGGCCGACCUCUGCCCAAUCACGUGCGAUCGGAAAUUGUGCGGUUGGCAUCAGCCGGAGUUCGUCCCUGUAUGAUCUCAAGACAAUUGAAGGUCUCUCACGGUUGUGUCUCCAAAAUUUUGAACAGAUUCCACGAGACUGGAUCGAUCAGGCCGGGAGUCAUUGGGGGGAGUAAACCCAGGGUCGCCACACCGGAAGUCGAGGCGAGAAUCGAGAAGUUGAAGAGGGAGAAUCCGAGUCUCGUGGAUUGGGAGAUACGAACGCAGUUGAUAAAGCAGGAGGGCCUCUGUGACAAAACGACAGUCCCCUCAGCCUCCAGUAUCAACAGACUCCUCAGAGGGCCCGGAAAUUCCUCAAGACCUGGAGACGACGUACGAGCCAACCACUCCAUCAACGGAAUUCUAGGUGGAAGUAGUGGAGAUGAUACAGACACUGAGAGCGAGCCUGGUUACGUACUCAAACGAAAACAAAGAAGGAGUAGAACAACGUUUACUGGUGAGCAACUGGAACAGCUGGAGGCUGCUUUCCAUAGGACGCAGUAUCCUGAUGUUUACACCAGAGAGGAACUUGCGCAAAAGACUAAAUUGACUGAGAAUCGAGUGCAGGUGUGGUUUAGUAACAGACGAGCCCGCCUGCGCAAGCAAUUGAACAGCCAACACAAUACCUUCAAUACAAUGAGUUUACAGUCAUUUCCAACUCAACACUAUCCAGCAGCGACUGAAGGUUAUCAGGGAUAUGGGCAGGCGACGGUAGCAGCAACCACUGCGGGAUACACUCAGCAUUAUAAUUAUGGGGAUAACUACUACAGUGCGCAGCAACAGUGGCCUCGAGCUACGCCUGAAAACUACGGAUUAUUCAAUAGUGCCCACUACGGAACCACAAAUCUCUCCCCCUCGAACUUAAACUUGGGUUUGAGUGGAAGUGUCUCACCGACAAGCUCCACAAACAUGAGUGCCUGUAUGGUCCAGGGAGCAACAGGAAUGGGCCAUCACGUGACACCUCACAGUCCCACCGAGGCGAAGAGUGGCUAUCCAUACCUGGGUGCGCUCGACUCGCAAGUCUGCGGUAGAGUCCAUUGA